UUGGAGUUGUGAGGAGGUGGACAAGAAGGGAGGGCCCCAUCUCUUUUUCUCCCUCUAGAGUGUAGCAUUAAAAAAAAACAAAAAAAAAAGCAAAAAAAAAAAAUAAUCCAAAAACAAAAAGAAAGUUUUUGAUUGUGCCCUAAAAGUUCAUAUUCUUAUCCUUCUUCGCCGCCUCAUUUUGUUUCUGUUCAAACCCUAAUAUUUCAAGUCGAUUUAUCACCGCUGAUUAAUGUUUCGGAGUUGUUGGAUCCGUUUCAAUCAUCGAUUCAUGGUUGAAAGUUUGAAUUUUUAUUCAUAUUGAAAGAUCUGAUUUUGAUUAGAGGGAUUCGAAGAGAUCCGUUUGUAUUCAUUCCGGCGAUUCAACAUUUGCUUGAUCGGAAUUGGUGAAGAUAGAUUUUUCAUUUGAUUGAACGUACUUUUUUUUGGCAAAAGCGAAAAUGUCGAUUUUGCCAAAAACUGAUUCAAUCCACAUUCGAGAGGUUUGGUUUGACAAUCUGGAGGAAGAGUUCGCAUUGAUGCGUGAAAUAGUCGAUGAUUUUCCGUUUGUUGCCAUGGAUACGGAGUUUCCCGGAGUGGUAAUCCGGCCGGUCGGGAAUUUUAAGAACAGCAACGAUUACCAUUACCAAACGCUCAAGGAUAACGUGGAUAUGUUGAAGUUGAUUCAGUUAGGGCUGACCUUUUCAGAUGAGAAUGGCAACUUGCCUAAGUGUGGAACCGACAAAUACUGUAUUUGGCAAUUCAAUUUCCGUGAAUUCAACCCUAACGAGGAUGUUUUUGCGAAUGAUUCAAUUGAGUUGUUGCGCCAAAGCGGCAUUGAUUUCAAGAUGAACAAUGAAAAAGGUAUUGAUGCCAAACACUUUGCAGAGCUUUUGAUGUCGUCAGGGAUUGUGCUGAACGAUAGUGUUUCUUGGGUUACUUUUCACAGUGGGUAUGAUUUUGGAUACCUCUUGAAGGUUUUGACUUGCCAGGAUUUGCCUGAAACACAAGCAGGUUUCUUUACCUUGAUCAAUGUGUACUUUCCUGUCAUUUUCGACAUCAAGCACUUGAUGAAGUUCUGCAACAGCCUUCAUGGUGGGUUGAACAAGCUCGCCGAGCUGUUGGAGGUUGAGAGGGUUGGUAUUUGUCAUCAGGCGGGUUCAGAUAGCUUGCUCACUGCUUGUACAUUUAGGAAGUUGAAAGAAAACUUCUUUAGCGGUUCACUGGACAAGUAUGCCGGUGUCUUGUAUGGUCUAGGUGUUGAAAAUGGGCAGAGUACCCAUUAAAGAAAAAAUAUAAAAGAAAAAAAAAAACUUAAAAGGAUAGAUGUUUAUUACUUGUGUGAUGUAAGGAUCCACAAUUCUGAUGUGUACUUUUGGUAAAAAAAUUGUGGUUAUUUAUAAUAUCCACCUUAAUUUGGUUUGAUACAA